AUGUGGACCUGCUACGGCCGCGGCGCUCCCCUACGAGCCGCAAUCUACGUCGCCUGCCUCAGCGCCUUCCUCUUCUUCGGCUACGACCAAGGCGUCUUCGGCGGCCUGCUCCAAAACAAAGACUGGCUCGACACCUUCAACCACCCCCGCGACGUCAUAACCGGAAUAACGGUCUCGUCGUACUGCCUCGGCGCCCUCUUCGGCUGUAUCCUCACCUUCUUCAUCGGGGAUGUCCUCGUUCGUCGCCAGAUGAUAUGGCUUGCUAUGGCGCUGAUAAUUGUCGGAGCGUCGCUUCAGACAUCGGCGCACUCGCUGGUUCUUUUGAUCAUUGGCCGCGUGAUCACAGGACUAGGAACCGGGAUCGAUUCGAGUACGGUGCCCAUGUACCAGUCCGAGUUGGCGAAGAAGGAGGUUCGGGGCCGGCUUGUGUCGUGGGAGAUUUGGUUUAUUGGAUUGGGUAUCACAGUGGCUUACUGGAUCGUGGGUCCCUUUCCUUGCAUGAAUGCAAUGUGGAGGUAUACUGACAUGAUCAACCAGGACUACGGUUUCUCCUACUUACCCGGCUCAAUAGCAUGGCGCGUCCCAAUCGCCAUCCAGCUCGUGUUCGCUGUCAUCGUCGUCUUCGUCGUCUGGGGCUGCCCGGAAUCUCCCCGUUGGCUGGCCAAGCGUGGUCGAGAGGCCGAAGCCGUCGAAGUGCUGUGUGCAGUCUACGACCUGCAGCCCGAUGAUCCAUACGUGGUUGGUGAGCUCGAGGCGAUCCGUGCAGCCCUUGCUAUUGAAGGCAAGGAAGGCGGGAAUAAGAUUUCUGCGCUGUUCAAGCAGGAUGCUUUGCAGACGAGACGGAGGGUCAUCCUUGCUUGGUUUGGGCUGUUCAUGAAUCAAUGGUCUGGUAUCAACCUAGUCGUAUACUACAUGCCUACUGUGCUGGUCGAAAAUGUCGGUAUGCAGGCUCACCGUGCGCAACUCAUCGCUGGCUUCGUCGAGCUCAUGUUCGUUGUUGGCAAUACCCUACCUGCUUUCGCCCUGGACAAGCUUGGCAGGAAGAGAGUCAUGAUGACUGGCUGUGGUCUACUUUCCUUCUGCAUGCUGAUGAUUUCCGUCCUCCUCUCGUUCGGCAAGGAGAGUACAUCUGCGGCAUCCAUCGCUUUCUUCUUCUUGUAUAUGCUCAUCUUUGGCGCGACAGUCAAUGUGGUUCCUUGGGUAUGGGGCCCUGAACUUCUACCGCUUGAAGCCAGAGCAAAGGGGGUGGCUAUCAGUGUGAGCUCGCACUGGAUGUGGAAUUUCUGCAUCGUCAUGAUCACACCAAUCCUCAUCAACCGUAUUGGCUGGAAGACAUACUUGAUCUUCAUGAUCCUGCUGGCAUUGUUCGUCCCGUUCGUGUGGUGGGCAUAUCCGGAGACAUCUGGUUUAAGCCUAGAGGAGAUCGACAAUUUGUUCUUGCCUGAGGGCAUGAAAAACGAAGUCGUGAGGAGCAACUCGGUCGCAGGUUAUGCGAAGGACGUAGAAGCUGGUGAGGAAUCUUAUGCCUAUGAGACCAAAGCUUGA